AUGGUCCGCGCCCAGGCUCUGGUCCUGGCGCUCACCUUCCAGCUCUGCGCUCCUGAGACCGAGACUCCGGCAGCUGGCUGCACCUUCGAGGAAGUGAGUGACCCAGCAGUGCCCUGUGAGUACAGCCAGGCCCAGUACGACGACUUCCAGUGGGAGCAAGUGCACGUCCACCCUGGCACCCGGUCUCCAGCGGAUCUGCCCCACGGCUCCUACUUGAUGGUCAAUGCUUCCCAGCAUGCUCCAGGCCAGAGGGCCCAUGUCAUCUUCCAGAGCCUGAGCGAGAAUGACACCCACUGUGUGCAGUUCAGCUACUUCCUGUACAGCCGGGAUGGGCACAGCCCGGGCACCUUGGGCAUCUAUGUGCGUGUCAAUGGGGGUCCCCUGGGCAGUGCCGUCUGGAACAUGACAGGAUCACAUGGCCGUCAGUGGCACCAGGCAGAGCUGGCUGUCAGCACCUUCUGGCCCAAUGAGUAUCAGGUGCUGUUUGAGGCCCUCAUCUCCCCAGACCGCAGGGGCUACAUGGGCCUAGAUGACGUCCUGCUUCUCAGCUACCCCUGCGCGAAGGCCCCGCACUUCUCCCGCCUGGGCGAUGUGGAGGUCAACGCUGGCCAGAACGCCUCCUUCCAGUGCAUGGCAGCAGGCCGAGCGGCAGAGGCCGAGCACUUCCUCCUGCAGCGGCAGAGCGGGGUGCUGGUGCCCGCCGCCGGCGUGCGGCACAUCAGCCACCGGCGUUUCCUGGCUACCUUCCUGUUGGCCUCCGUGAGCCGCUCGGAGCAGGACCUGUAUCGUUGCGUGUCCCAGGCCCCGCGAGGUGCGGGCGUCUCCAACUUCGCGGAGCUCAUCGUCAAGGAACCCCCCACCCCCAUCGCGCCCCCCCAGCUGCUGCGCGCGGGGCCCACCUACCUCAUCAUCCAGCUCAACACCAACUCCAUCAUUGGCGACGGGCCGAUUGUGCGCAAGGAGAUUGAGUACCGCAUGUCGCGCGGUCCGUGGGCCGAGGUGCACGCCGUCAGCUUGCAGACCUACAAGCUGUGGCACCUUGACCCGGACACCGAGUACGAGAUCAGCGUGCUGCUCACGCGCCCGGGUGACGGCGGUACUGGCCGCCCUGGCCCACCCCUCAUCAGCCGCACCAAGUGUGCAGAACCCAUGAGGGCCCCCAAAGGCCUGGCUUUCGCUGAGAUCCAGGCUCGCCAGCUGACCCUGCAGUGGGAACCUCUGGGCUACAACGUGACACGUUGCCACACGUACGCGGUGUCCCUGUGCUAUCAUUACACGCUGGGCAGCAGCCACAACCAGACCGUCCGGGAGUGCGUGAAGAUGGAGCGGGGCGCCAGCCGCUACACCAUCAAGAACCUGCUGCCCUACCGGAAUGUUCACGUGCGGCUCAUCCUCGCUAACCCCGAGGGGCGCAAGGAGGGCAAGGAGGUCACUUUCCAGACGGACGAGGAUGUGCCUGGUGGGAUUGCAGCUGAGUCCCUGACCUUCACUCCCCUGGAGGACAUGAUCUUCCUCAAGUGGGAGGAGCCCCAGGAACCCAACGGCCUCAUCACUCAGUAUGAGAUCAGCUACCAGAGCAUUGAGUCGUCGGACCCGGCGGUGAACGUGCCGGGCCCACGACGUACCAUCUCCAAGCUCCGCAACGAGACCUACCACGUCUUCUCCAACCUGCACCCAGGCACCACCUACCUGUUCUCUGUGCGCGCCCGGACGGGCAAAGGCUUUGGCCAGGCAGCACUCACCGAGAUCACCACGAACAUCUCAGCUCCCAGCUUUGAUUAUGCUGACAUGCCGUCUCCCCUGGGCGAGUCUGAGAACACCAUCACCGUUCUGCUGAGGCCAGCACAGGGCCGUGGCGCGCCCAUCAGUGUGUACCAGGUGAUCGUGGAGGAGGAGCGGCAGCGGAGGCUGCGUCGGGAGCCAGGCAGCCAGGACUGCUUCCCAGUGCCCUUGACCUUUGACGCGGCGCUGGCCCGUGGCCUGGUGCACUACUUUGGGGCAGAACUGGCGGCCAGCAGUCUGCCGGAAGCCAUGCCCUUCACCGUGGGUGACAACCAGACCUAUCGCGGCUUCUGGAACCCACCGCUUGAGCCCAGGAAGGCCUACCUCAUCUACUUCCAGGCAACAAGCCACCUGAAGGGGGAGACCCGGCUGAAUUGCAUCCGCAUCGCCAGGAAAGCUGCCUGCAAGGAAAGCAAGCGACCCCUGGAGGUGUCCCAGAGAUCGGAGGAGAUGGGACUCAUCCUGGGCAUCUGUGCAGGGGGACUUGCUGUCCUCAUCCUCCUCCUGGGGGCCAUCAUUGUCAUCAUCCGUAAGGGGAAGCCGGUGAACAUGACCAAGGCCACUGUCAACUACCGCCAAGAGAAGACCCACAUGAUGAGUGCGGUGGACCGGAGCUUCACGGACCAGAGCACCCUGCAGGAGGAUGAGCGGCUGGGCCUGUCUUUCAUGGACACCCAUGGCUAUAGCCCCCGGGGAGACCAGCGCAGCAGUGGGGUCACCGAGGCCAGCAGCCUGCUGGGAGGCUCCCCGCGGCGUCCCUGUGGCCGGAAAGGCUCCCCAUACCACACGGGACAGCUGCACCCUGCGGUGCGUGUGGCCGACCUCCUGCAGCACAUCAACCAGAUGAAGACGGCCGAGGGCUAUGGCUUCAAGCAGGAGUACGAGAGCUUCUUUGAAGGCUGGGAUGCCACAAAGAAGAAAGACAAAGUCAAGGGCAGCCGGCAAGAGCCCGUGCCUGCCUAUGAUCGGCACCGAGUGAAACUGCCCCCGAUGAUGGGAGGCCCCGAUGCCGACUCCAUUAACGCCAACUACAUAGACAUUCGGAUAAACCGUGAAGGUUACCACAGGUCAAACCACUUCAUAGCCACUCAAGGGCCGAAGCCUGAGAUGGUCUACGACUUCUGGCGCAUGGUGUGGCAGGAGCACUGUUCCAGCAUUGUCAUGAUUACCAAGCUGGUGGAGGUGGGCAGGGUGAAAUGCUCCCGGUACUGGCCGGAGGACUCGGACAUGUACGGGGACAUCAAGAUCACGCUGGUGAAAACGGAGACACUGGCUGAGUACGUCGUGCGCACCUUUGCCCUGGAGCGGAGAGGCUACUCUGCCCGGCAUGAGGUCCGCCAGUUCCACUUCACCGCGUGGCCGGAGCAUGGCGUCCCCUACCACGCCACGGGGCUGCUGGCCUUCAUCCGGCGCGUGAAGGCCUCUACCCCGCCUGACGCCGGGCCCGUCGUCAUCCAUUGCAGAUCCCAGGCUCCCUCCCAAGGCUCUCAUGGGGCCCCUGGCUGCUCUCUUCCCAGCGCGGGCACUGGCCGCACAGGUUGCUACAUUGUCCUGGAUGUGAUGCUGGACAUGGCGGAGUGUGAGGGCGUCGUGGACAUUUACAACUGCGUGAAGACCCUCUGCUCCCGGCGGGUCAACAUGAUCCAGACAGAGGAGCAGUACAUCUUCAUUCACGAUGCAAUCCUGGAGGCCUGCUUGUGUGGGGAGACCACCAUCCCUGUCAGCGAGUUCAAGGCCACCUACAAGGAGAUGAUCCGCAUUGAUCCUCAGAGUAAUUCCUCCCAGCUGCGGGAAGAGUUCCAGACGCUGAACUCCGUCACACCGCCCCUGGAUGUGGAAGAGUGCAGCAUCGCCCUGCUCCCCCGGAACCGGGACAAGAACCGCAGCAUGGAUGUCCUGCCACCCGACCGCUGCUUGCCCUUCCUCAUCUCCACCGAUGGGGACCCCAACAACUACAUCAACGCGGCCCUAACGGACAGUUACACGCGGAGCGCGGCCUUCAUUGUGACCUUGCACCCGCUGCAGAGCACCACGCCUGACUUCUGGCGGCUCGUCUACGACUAUGGGUGCACCUCCAUUGUCAUGCUUAACCAGCUGCACCAGUCCAACACCGCUUGGCCCUGUCUCCAGUACUGGCCAGAGCCGGGCCGCCAGCAGUAUGGCCUCAUGGACGUGGAGUUUGUGUCGGGCUCCGUGGACGAAGACUUGGUGGCCCGGGUCUUCCGGGUGCAGAACAUCUCUCGGCUACAGGAGGGACACCUGCUGGUGAGGCAUUUCCAGUUCUUGCGCUGGUCUGCAUAUCGGGACACACCUGACUCCAAGAAGGCCUUCCUGCACCUGCUGGCCGAGGUGGACAAGUGGCAGGCGGAGAGUGGGGACGGGCGCACUGUUGUGCACUGCCUAAACGGGGGCGGCCGCAGUGGCACCUUCUGCGCCUGUGCCACAGUCCUGGAGAUGAUCCGCUGCCACAACCUGGUGGACGUUUUCUUUGCUGCCAAAACGCUUAGGAACUACAAGCCCAAUAUGGUGGAAACCCUGGAUCAGUACCACUUUUGCUACGAUGUGGCGCUGGAGUACCUGGAAGGGCUGGAGUCAAGAUAGCGGGGCCCCUGGCCUGGCGCUCGCACUGUGCGCUCAGGGCCAGGCCCAGCAUGGAUGAGUAACACCUGGGCCCCUGACUCUGCUCCAGGACAACUCCCGUGGGGAAAGCAGUAGAGUGAGCCGGGGUGUCUUGGUGCCCCCCGCUAUGGGCGGGACCUCUCUCCAUGUCCCAUGGGCAGGCUGCAGGGGCCAAGGAGGAGCUCAGCGUCCGCAGCCCAACCCCCAUCCACAGGGCCCUGCAAGUCUGCGCUGUGAGUCUGGCAUUGCCUGGUGGAGUGACAGGGGCUCAGGGCUGCCGGCUCGGGAGGACCCAGGCUCAAGCUCCUUGACUCUAGGCUCAAGCUUCAGACUCUGCCCCAGCCUUUGGCAGAGAUGAGUGAGCCCCUGUAGAGCCUGUGGCCGGCCAAGGUUUCCACCCAGCAUGGCUUCCUUUUGACACGGAUAGAGGGUGCAUUGGGGCUUGGCAUCUGGAAUCCCACCUGGCCUUGCCCCUGAGGGUCCUGGGGAGACUGGACCCAUCAGACUAGUCCUCCCCAGAGGGGACUAUGGGCCCCCUCCUCUGCCCUGCUGCCCCCUCUCAGCCCCGGGAUAUUUUGCUCAUGAUCCCUCCCACUAUGACUUCUUUGAUGUGUGCUCUGAGCUUCUAUACUGGGAUCUUCCCAUCAUCCCUUGCCCUUUUCUCCGUGGGGUCUCUUCCCUGCCUGACCCAACAUCUGCAGAAGGAAGGCACCUGGGCCCUUCUUGUACUCUUCAGGCCUCACUUCUGGGUCCUGCUCCACCCAGCCCAGUGACAAUCUGCAAGGUUGAACAACAGCCCUUGGGGUUGAGGUCUCCAUGGCUCCUGGUCAGGCUGCCUCUUGGGGACGGGGCCCUGCUAGAUCUGGGGUGCUUGCAACCUCUACAGUUCAGAGGAAGAACAUAUAUUUUGGGAUGGAGGAGAAAUUCUUUUUUGUUAAUUUUAUGAUUUUUUUUUCAUGGGUGGGUGGGAAAAUCUCUUUAAAAUGGGACAGGCCACACCCCCAUUCCGUGCCUCAAUUUCCCCAUCUGUAAACUGUAGAUAUGACUACUGACCUACCUCGCAGGGGGCUGUGGGGAGGCAUAAACUGAUGUUUGUAAAGCACUUUGUAAAUAAAUGUGCUCUCUGAAUGCCA